AUGACCGCAAUCGAGGCCCGUGGCUCGCCGAAAUCCCUCCUCCCGACGACAGUCAGCUUCCACGCAUUCCUCCACCUCUUGCUUACAAGCAUAGCGACACUUUAGCGAGCGUCCUCAAGCUGCAGGACAGCUAGCUUGCCCAAAAGCGAGCUACAAGCUUCGGCGCAUCGUCACUUGCGACCACUCCAUUUUCAGUCCAGAGCUUCGCAUAGCUUCCCUUCCCGCAGACAAGCUGCCACGGUCGCGUCCUGUGAGCCACACAACCCGGCGAACCUCUUCUCUGCCCAAAAUGAGCGUGACCAGCACCGAUAGAUUAUCGUCAUGAUAUCAAGAUCGAUUGCGCGCGCCCACGCCGGCGGCAACGGCAGCGCGUGGUCGCCGGCCCGCGUCAGGGGGACCUUCCACACAUACACGCGAUCCCAUCAUCACCCACGGAUAUUCGCGUCUACCCCUUACCUAUCUGGAGGACUGCGACCAUCGUUACGAGCCGAGCUAUACCGGAAUGACCAGACGAAAGCCCUGUUCAGCUCUCAAGCCCCGAAAAAGCCGAACACAACGACGACCGACAAAUCCAAAGAUCCCCUCGCCGUCGACAAUAAAUCAACGCAGGAGCAGCGCAAGGCAGACUGGGCCAUCAUGAAGGAGAUGUCGAAGUACCUUUGGCCAAAGGGUAAAGGCAGCCUCGACACCAAGAUGCGCGUCUCGCUCGCCGUGGGGUUGCUGAUCGGCGCCAAGCUCCUCAACGUGCAGGUCCCUUUCUACUUCAAGAGCAUCGUGGACGCGAUGAACAUUGACAUUGGCGCUACGGGGGGCAACGCCACAGUCAUCGCAGGCAGCAUGAUCCUCGCCUACGGCGCGGCUCGUGUGGGCGCUACUGUGUUCCAGGAGCUGCGCAACGCCGUGUUCGCGUCGGUUGCGCAAAAGGCGAUUCGCAGGGUCGCGGGGAAUGUGUUUGAGCACCUGCUACGGCUUGAUCUGAACUUCCAUCUGAGCAAGCAGACUGGCGGUCUGACGAGGGCGAUCGACCGUGGUACCAAGGGCAUCAGCUUCUUGCUGACGAGCAUGGUCUUCCACGUCCUGCCGACGGCCUUGGAGAUCAGCAUGGUUUGUGGUAUUCUGACAUGGCAGUACGGCGUCAAGUUCGCGGCCAUCACGGUCUUGACAAUGGGGGCCUACACGGCGUUCACAAUCUGGACGACGGCAUGGCGGACAAAGUUCCGCCGACAGGCGAAUGCGGCUGACAACAAGGCCUCUACGUUGGCUGUCGAUUCGCUGAUCAACUACGAGACUGUCAAGUACUUCAACAACGAGAAGUUCGAGGUCGCACGCUACGACAAGGCUCUUAAAGACUACGAGAAGAGCUCUAUCAAGAUUCAGACAUCCCUCGCGUUCCUCAACAGUGGCCAGAACGUCAUCUUCUCCAGCGCUCUCACAGCCAUGAUGUACCUCGCCGCCAACGGAGUUGCCGAGGGCACCAUGACCGUCGGCGAUCUCGUCAUGGUCAACCAGCUGGUCUUCCAGCUGUCUGUGCCGCUCAAUUUCCUGGGCUCGGUCUACCGCGAGCUGCGCCAGUCCCUGCUCGACAUGGAGACGCUAUUCAACCUGCAAAAGGUCAAUGUCUCCAUCGCCGAGCCGCCCAAUGCCAAGGCUCUUCAGCUUCCUCAAGGUGGCAGCAUCAGAUUUGAGAACGUCACUUUCGGCUACAACGCUGAUCGGCCCAUCCUCAGAGACCUGACACUCACCAUCCCGGCCGGAAAGAAGGUCGCCAUCGUGGGCCCUAGCGGCUGUGGUAAAUCCACACUCCUGAGACUGCUCUUCCGGUACUACGACGUGCAAGAGGGCCGCAUCGUCAUUGACGACCAGGACAUCCGGCAAGUAUCACUUGACUCGCUGCGGCGCUCGAUCGGCGUAGUCCCGCAGGACACUCCCCUCUUCAACGACACAGUCGAGCACAACAUCCGCUACGGCAACAUGGACGCGCCCCAAUCCGCCAUCAUCGCUGCCGCCCAGCGCGCCAGGAUCCACGACAUCAUCUCGAGCUGGCCGGCCGGCUACGGCACCAAGGUCGGCGAGCGCGGGCUGAUGAUCAGCGGAGGGGAGAAGCAGCGCCUAGCCGUGUCGCGCCUGCUCCUCAAGGACCCGCCGCUGCUCUUCUUUGACGAGGCGACCAGCGCGCUCGACACGCACACCGAGCAGGCGCUCAUGCAGAACAUCAACAGCAUCCUCCGCGAGAAGAGCCGGACGAGCGUCUUUGUCGCCCACCGCCUGCGCACCAUCUACGACGCCGACCUGAUCAUUGUGCUGCGGGACGGCAGCGUCGCGGAGCAGGGCACGCACAAGGAGCUUAUUGACCGAGAUGGGCUGUACUCGCAGCUCUGGAGUGCACAAGAAACCUUGUUCAACGCAGACGGCACCGAGGUCGAGACCACCAAGGAGCGCGUGCCGGCAACAGAGGAUGUCAAGCCAUGAGGACAGCGUCCUCGGCACGCCCUUGAUGGUAAAGGCGUGAAGCUCCCACAGCACGCGCGGGAAGCACUGACAUUGUAGAUACCAGCACGUCACCACUCCAUAUUCCGGGCAAGAUCUGGAUAUAGCCAAGUAAUCUAUCUUCUAGACAGCUCGCCAUAGCAAAGACAAAAGUGAAGCAAUGAAUCAAAAUGGCUAUCAUAUUGGUGUGGAU